AUGUCUGUCUCACACAAGGGACUAGCGCUGGGCGUAGAAACGCUGGAAGCUCCAGCGGUUUCGUCGGAGCUCCACACACUUCACAACUUCUACUGGGUCUCCCACAAGGAGCCUCAUGCAAUUAGGAGACACGCAAUUCUCAAGUCGCACCCUGAGGUAUCAAAGCUCAUGGGCCACGAGCCUCGCACCAAAUAUAUUGUCAUAGGGGUUGUUGCAUUGCAGUGCGCUAUGGCGUUUGCGCUCCGUAACACCAGCGCACUGUCGUGGAAAUUCUGGCUCUGCGCCUACGUUGUAGGCGCUACGGCGAACCAAAACAUUUUCCUGGCCAUUCACGAGCUCUCCCACAAUCUGGCUUUCCGGAAGCCUUGGCACAACAAGUUAUUCUCGGUUUUCACCAACACGCCUAUCGGGAUACCAUAUGCGGCUUCUUUCGCUCCUUACCAUCAGCUUCACCACAAGUUUCUUGGGGAUGAAGUUUAUGACACCGAUAUUCCCACUAAACUAGAGGCUGUGUUGCUUUCAAACGUGAUGGGGAAAGCUUUUUUCGCAACGUUUCAAAUCUUCUUCUAUGCUUUCAGGCCCAUGUUUGUCACUUCGAUCCCAAUGUCUCCCUUGCAUUUGAUCAACGUGGCUUACCAGUUGGCGUUCGAUUAUGUGUGGAUCCGUAACUUUGGAUUACAGUCUUUCCUUUACUUCCUGAUUUCGUCCUUUUUAGCUGGAUCGCUGCAUCCAUGCUCUGGCCACUUCAUUGCCGAGCAUUACCUUUUGAGUAUGGAGGAAGCUCUUGCAGGCGGAAAACUUGCGUACAAAAACACUCCUGCUGAGAACGAACUCAUUCGCUCGACGGAUGAAUCACAGGUCUCCCGCAAAGACGUCGAAUUCCACGAAGACUAUGCGCUCGAAACGUUUUCCUACUACGGUAUCCUCAAUUUCUUUACUUGGAACGUCGGAUUGCAUAACGAACAUCACGACUUCCCUUUCGUUCCUUGGUCUCGAAUCUGGGAAUUGCAUCGCAUGUGCCCUGAAUACUACCAGGACUUGCCCAAACACGAUUCCUGGUGUAAAGUCUUAUGGAACUUUGUCUUCACCGACGACGUUACGCUCUACAACAGAGUCAAGCGUGUCAACAAGAAUUGCGCUAAACAAGAAUGA